AUGUACGCUGCAAACAUGGCAGAUCUUAUCCCCAAAGAUCCGGUAGAAGCGGCCGUGGCUGAGCAGGCCUGCAGCAUCAUAGAAGCUUGCUAUGGUCCGAUUCGAAACAUAUACACGAAUACAGAAGUGGACAAGGCGAAGAUUGAACUGGCAGAGAAGAUGAGUGUUGCCGAUAAAGUGAUUGCCACCAGGCAAUCAGACUCGACUGGCUUUAUCUCCAACGCCGGAUUUUCUUACGCCGAUCUCUUUGUUUUCACAGUCAUCGAGGGACUCAUUACCCGACUCCCGGAUGCCAUGAAGUUGGAUGAUUACCCCCACCUGAAGAAGGUCCACGAGGUUGUUAAGGCAUACCCUAAAGUCGCUGAAUACUACAAAAGCCGCCAGUAA